ACAGAGAAAGAGAGUGUAGAAAAAGACAGAUAUAAGCUUCUGGUACAACAAGAGAUAACUACUGUUUUUUUUAUUUUCAUUUUUUCACUUCUCCAUGAAAGAGAAGUAAUCAACUAGUAAAUACAGAAUAGUGUAGUCGAGCAGAGAACGUGCUUUUUAUUUUAUGUUACAACAUCUCUGUAGGAGUUUAUCACACUGCAAUAGAAACUCUUAAAUUUUGCCACGUCAAAUUGUGGCGCUAUUUUUUCCAGCCAUACAAGAACGGAAGAGACUUAUCAGAAAACAUACGAGCUGCUUGGUACGCUUGGACGCACAUACACUUUUAUCGAUCUUAUAAGUCACAACCGCCACCGUCGCCGCCACUGCCGCUGUUGCCGUUGCUUCUUUAUGCGUUCCGGCAAACUUUAAAGUCCUGCUGUUAUCGACGUUCUUUUUGCUUCUUUAAAGAAGCUAAACAACUGACUGGACAUUGUUCCACACACUUCAAUUGUUAAAACAACCUAAAAGACCGAUGAAGAAUAUUUGUUGCUAAAGUAGAAUUUCGUAUAAACGGUUGCUGUAAAGCCACGCCAUUCAAGAUGAUGUAUACGGGGACCACUACUACACAGGAUACAAGAUUUAGUGAUAAGGAAAAGAAGUUACUCAAGCAAAUGAAAUUCGGAGAUUCAUUGACACAAAAGGUAGACAUGCAGAAAGUAAAAUUGGAUGUUAUUAAACCAUGGAUUACAACAAAAAUUACUCAAAUCCUUGGAAUGGAAGAUGAUGUUGUAGUGGCAUUUGUUAUUAAUCAACUAGAAGAAAAGUUUCCUGAUCCUCGAAAAAUGCAGAUCAAUCUUACGGGAUUUUUAAAUGGGAGAAAUGCCCGUUCAUUUAUGGGCGAAUUGUGGGACUUACUCGUAUCUGCACAAGAUAAUGAUACUGGAAUCCCAGAAGCUUUUUUACAACAAAAGAAAGACCAAAUUAAAAAACGUUUGGAAGAACAAGAAAAACUUCAGGCAUCUUUAGCAGAAAAAGAAAAGGAUAAGGAUAAAGAUAAAGACAAUAAUGAGAGUGAUAACAAAAUGAAAAAAGAAGAAAAAGACUGUACCUCUUUCAAAGAAAAUCGAAGAGAACGCAGCAGAGAGCGCGAAAGAGAUCGAAAAAGAAGCAGAUCAAGAGAUCGACAUAGAGAUCGUGAUCGAUCUAAUCGAAAACGCAGAUCUACUUCAAGAUCGCCAAGCAAAGGUUCAGUAAAAGACAGCAAAGAUAUGAUUGAAAUGAAAACUGAGUGUGACGAUACACCACAAAUUGACAAUACAAUUGCAAUGAUGCCUUUAAAAACUAAACCAGAAGCCGUAGUAGCAAUAUCCCGGUUACAAGCAAAGCUGAUGAGCAUCGCAGAUGGAAAGAAGAAAAAUAAUCGUUCACCUUCGCCUGAAAUCGCAGUAACGCUGGAAACUAAUAAUAAAGUUACAAAAAAGUCAAGAUCAAAGUCCCCUUCCGUGCGUUCAAAGAAAUCGCGUUCCAAGUCUCCAUCUUAUAAGCAUCGUUCGCGUUCACCUGCUUCCAAAUCUCGACGUUCACGUUCCAAGUCCAGAUCUCGCAGAUCUAGAUCCAAAUCACGUCGUUCACGAUCUACUUCAAAAUCGACGAGACGCUCUAGAUCAAAGUCAAAAUCACGGAGAUCGAGAUCCAAUUCAAAAUCUCGAAGAUCACGAUCAAAGUCUAGGCGAUCAAGAUCUAAUUCUAACCCGAAAUUAAGGAGAUCGCGAUCCAAAUCACGAAGAUCGAGGUCUAAAUCCAAGUGUCGAAGAUCAAGAUCUAAAUCAAAGUUACGAAGGUCUAGAUCUAAAUCUAAAUUAAGAAGAUCGAAGACGAGAUCAUUGGAUCGUUCGAGAUCACGAAGAUCGAAAUCAAGAUCACUAAAAUCGGGAAAACGUUCAUCUCGUUCCACUUCUUGCUCACGUCUAAAAAAAUCAAGAUCUAAGAGCAUUGAUAGAAGCAAAUCGAGAAAAUCGAGAACGUUAUCCAGCGAUUCAAGAUCAUCUAAGUCACGUUCUAAGUCCAUUUCUAAGAGUCAUUCUAAAAGCAAAUCGCGUUCAAAAUCUUUGGAUAAAAUCAAAAUCGAUUUAGAAACGAAUAGAAAAGUUCUAAGUGCAAGCAGUGGAAGCAGUAGUAGUUCGGAGUCAGAUGAAGAUAAAAGAGAAAAAGAUAAGAAUGACUUUGAGAUUAGAAAAAAGAAGGAUAGUGUUCAAUCGAAAAGGUCAUAUCGAAAGACAAACAAGAACGAUAGUGCAAGUGAUAGUGAUUCAAGCAGAGAGAGAAAAUCAACAAUUAAGAGGCGCGGUAGCCCUUCUCCAAGAAAAGACAGGGAUCGAUCAAAAGACAGAGACAGAGAUAGAUCACGCGAAAGAUCUCGUGAUAGACAUAGGAGGCGAUCUUUGGAUAGAGAUCGUGAUAGAAGGCGAGAUCGGGAUAGAGACAGAGACAGAGAUCGUGAUCGUCGAGACAGAUACAGCGGUAGUCGUAGUAUGAGACCGCCAUCAGUGCGUAGAGCCCCUAGUAGGCGAAGGAGUCCUGCACGCAGAUCACCAGUUCGUUAUCGUAGACGCUCACCAAGUCCAAGUGAUCGCCGGCGUCGUCGUUCCCUUGAUCGUCGCCGUCGAUCAUCCGAGCGUCGCUCUCGGCGACGUUCACCAGACCGAGACCGUGAUCGUGAUAGAGAACGCGAUAGCCGACGGAAUUCCCGACGACGUUCGUCUGAUCGAGACCGAUCUCGCUACCGUGAUAGAUCUUCAUCGCGGGAUCGUUCUAGUCGCCGUGCUCGCUCCCGAGAUCGUCGGCGGCGCUCACGCAGUAGCAAUAAAGAAACGUCAUCAUCAAGAGAUAAACGGCAACGUGCUGACUCGGAGGACAAACCCAAAAAAUCAUCAAGUUUAAUAGACAUGGUCGUGCCUCCAGGUUCGAAUAUAUUGUCCAUGCCUCCACAGGCAGCCGCUCAGGUUGUAGUUGCCGCAGCACAGGCUGCAGCAGGACAACUUCAGAGGAAGGAUGCCAGAAAUGGUAGGUCAAGGUCCAAUAGCAGCUCACGCUUUAUAUUCGAACACAGCAGCGGCGACUCCUCCUCUACUGAUGACGAUGACGAAAUAGCUAGGAAAGCACUUGAACAGAAGUUAAUGCAAGAGAAAAAAGAACGUGAAUUAGCUGAAGAAUUGAAGCGUAAAGAAAAAGAAAGAUUAGCUAAAGAAGAAACUUCUAAACGAACUACCAUUGAGAAAGAAAUUAAAAAAUCUGAGAUUCUAGUUUCAAAGAAGACUGAGAGUAUUAUUUCACCCAAAAAAAUUCCAACUUCUGCUCUUCCUAUUUCUAGACACAGAUUUUCUCGAAGCUUAUCUCGUACUCCAUCUCCAUUCAAAAAAACUGAGGAUAUCAUUGCAGAUAAACUUAAACAUCCGAAUACUAUAAGAGAUGAUAAAAUAGCAUCUCCGAAAAGCAAUGAAAUUACAGUUGCACCAUCAGAAAUUUUUCCGUUAAAAAAAGAUGAGAAAAUUACAAAAUCCACCACUAAAUCUGUAACAGAAGAUAAAAAAAUUAAUCCGCAAAAAAAUACGGAAAUCAUUUCAGUAAAAAAAGCUGCUGAUAGCAAUAAGAAAAUAAAACGUGAUAAACGAAAUGAAUCUUCGGAUUCUGAUGAAAGUAAUGAUGAUAAAAAAAAAACUAAAAAGAUUGAAAAAAUGAGAAAAUCCAGAAAAACUUCUACAGAUGAUGAUAAAUCAGAAAAGAGUAGAAUAGAAUCAACUUCUGGAUCCGAGGAUGAAAAAAAAAAUGGAGAUAAAAAUAAAAAAGCUAGAGACUCUAGUCGUUCAGCUUCUAAAGAUAUUCGAUUAAAAGAUCGUUCAAAAGAUCUGAAAAAACGAGAUUAUAAUGAAAAUGAUUUAAAGAAACGAUCAAAAGAUCAAAAGGAAGACGACUCUAAGAAAUUGCGGAAAUCUCGAAAACCAUCUUCUUCACCAGACGAUGAGUUAAGAUCUAAAAAAUCAAGUAAAACAGAUGAAGAUAAAUUACGAUCAAAAAAAGUCAAGAGGGAUUCCAGUUCUGAUGAAGAACCAAAGAAGUCUCGUAAACGAAAAGAUAGUUCUUCAGAAGAUGAACGUCCUAGAGGAAAAAGAUCAAAAAAAGAAUCAAGUAGCGAUGAUGAAGGAAAAGUGAAGGCCAAAAAAUCUAAACGAGAUUCAAGUUCGGAUGAGGACGAAACUGAAAGAGAAAAAGAAGUAAGACGAAAGAGAAAAAAUGAUGAUAGUACUGAUGAAGAGAAAAUAAAAAAGAAACGAAAAAAGAAAACUAAGACAAGUACAAGUGAAUCAGAGGAAAGCGAAGUCGAAGAAAAGAAGAAGAAAAAAGAUAAAAAACAUAAAAAACAUAAAAAACACAAGAAGCAUAGGAAACAUAAGAAAAAAAAAGUAAUUGAAUCAGAAGAGUCUGAUGCUAGUGAAGGAAAUACAGAAGAAUUAGAAAAAAAACUUAGAGAAAAAGCACUUAAAUCUAUGAAAAAAGGACACAGUGUUGAACGAAGUGAUUAAAGUUUUACACAAUUGAAUUGUAAAAAAAUUUAACUCGAAUAUGUAAUUUACUCUAAAGUUCUGUAAGUGUAUAACUAAUACUUUGAUAUCUAUUAUUACUGACAGAUAUACAAAGUUUAAAGCUUUGUACAAAUGAUUGUAGCUUCAUAGAAACAUGUGACUUGUGUGCGAAACAUGAAUUUUUUUCUGUAACUACUCGUAAAUACACAAAUGAGUAAAUGCUUUUAUUUAGUAGUAAUAAAAAUAAAUGUAGAGUUUAUUUCUUCAAUA